AUGCCUUACACCCAACUGCCGAAGGCCUGCUCAGACCCUGAAAUACCCCCAGGUCACCCUGGCAGGCCCAGGUUUCACCACAGAUGCACCGAAGACCGACUCCGUGAAGGUCUAGGAAGACCUCCGUCCUUCUCAAUGUCGAACAAGAUCGCCAAAGAGCGGAAAUCCAUCUUCAAGGAGCUAGGCCUGGAUACAAAUCAACCGAAGGAGUUCAUCUCGAACGAGAAGGAUUAUGGCGAGACUAAGGGACUGGCAUCGCCCGCGAGCAUUCAUGCCCCUGAAUCAGCGAACCGCAAUGCAGACGAUGCGGGCCGAAGAGAGACGGCAAGGCGACUGACACAUGGAGAGGAAGACGGACGGGUAGAGCCCCAAUCCGAGCCAGCGUCCCCAUCGCCCUCCCAGCGGCCGUGGUACUCCAGACUACCCAGGGUUCGCCGACCCAGGAUCAAGAGUGUUUCAAGUGCGCCCCCAAGCAUGUCUACCAUCACCAGGCUCUCAUCGGUUGCACUGCUUAUUGCUGUUCUGUUACCCGGUUUUAGUUAUUACCAGAGCCGUGAGGAGACUGCGUCAAAUCUUGCGGAGGCCGGCGUGAUUCAAACCACGACCGUGGAAUCCCGGCCCUAUCCUCGAGAGAAGAAACACGCCGACAGAGAUAAUAAUUUCCUGGCGUUGGAUCUCACAAAAUCCUGGGACACCAGCUCACCGGCACUCCGAAGCCUCCCUCAGCCAUCAGGCCCGCCUGCUGUGUCCUUGGGUUAUCUCUGGAACGACUACAACAACCUCUACCUCUACGGCGGACAGUUUGCCGACAAUCCAUUCGUCGAGCCCGCCCCUAUUUCGACCUGGAAGUACUCCGUCAGCGGUAAGGCCUGGACCGAGUAUCCAUCACCAAGGACCUCGGCCGGCAAGAACGCCGACCCGGGUGAUCGACCAGUGCAACGUGCCGCCGAAGGCGCAGGCAUAUCGGUGCCCGAGCUGGGAUUGAGCUGGUAUUUUGGCGGCCACCUCGACCUGUCCACCACUCCCGGCUGGUCCAACCAGAUCGCCCGGGUGUAUCUCAAGAGCCUCCUCGAGUUCACCCACCCCGGAUACACCAACGACGCCGUCUACUCGCUGGCCGACGGGACUGGGGCGGGCGAGGGUGGCGCGUACCGCAACAUCACUGAGGGCGGUCUGCAAGUCAAGGACAGGUUCCCCGAGAGAGCAGACGGCGUCUUGGUUUUCGUGCCUGGCUGGGGUGAAAAAGGGGUGCUCAUCGGGCUGGCGGGUGGCAGCAACGACACGUUCGUCGACGAUCUCUCGACCCUCGACGUCUACGACAUUGCACGAUCGGAGUGGUACCAGCAGAAGACCACCGGAGACGCGCCAUCCGUGCGAGUCAACCCAUGCGCCGUGACCGCGUCCGCGCCAGACGCAUCCAGCUUCCAGGUCUACCUCUACGGCGGCCAGAACCUACAACCCUACGGCCAACAAACCCAAUACUCCGACAUGUACAUCCUUACCAUCCCCUCCUUCACCUGGCUCGCGGUCCCCACCCCCCCUUCCUCCCCCCCCGCCCGCGCAGGGCACACCUGCAUCCUACACUCCGGCCAAAUCCUCAUCAUCGGCGGCUACACGGGCGCCGCCCCCUACCACCCCCUGCGAAGCCCACCCCGCGCGGCAUCCACUCCCCGCCCCCGGGGGGGUUGUCGGGACGGUGGUGGUGGUGGGGCUGUGUUGGGAGAGAAGGAGGCGUCGCGGUGGGUGCAAGGGGGCUCGCAGCUAGGGAGGGGCUGGUGCCGCCCGCCCUGGUUCGCUGGCGCGCCGCCGGCGUUGGGCCGAUUCUUCGACCUCGACGGUGGACCUCGGCGUUCGCUCGGCUGGGCGGUGCCGCCGGCCGAGCCCGCGGUUCUUUGGUCUGAUGGGGAGCGGCGCCCUAGGAGGGCCCUCAGGGUUGUUAAUGGGCUGGAAGGGGACAGAGACAGCGGCGGUGAGUAG